AUGAAGCCUGCGUUAAUGAUGAAUGGUGGUGGUGGUCGAACUGUCGAAGCUACGGACUAUUUCAAUCUUCGAGCACGUAAUGGAGAAUUUGCCUAUUAUAGUGUUCAAAUGUAUCUCGGAGGUGGAUUAGGUGGUGAUUUGUCACGGAAAGAAACAUGGGAUAAUUUGUAUAUUGUCGGAUUAUUCACAAAAAUGAAACAUAAUAUUGGGCUGUCAGCAGCAGCCACCACUACGAUUCAAAACAAUAAUAGUUCUUUCACCCAGAAUUUUCCAAAUAAUCCACAAACUCCCAAUCCGAUGAUCAGUAAUAGUAAUAACGGGGAUCUUUUGGAUUCACCAAUAUUAUCUCCGGUGAUUGAUCCAUCACUUCGUGAUAAUGAUAGCUCGUUACUGAGUCGAUCAUACACCCCAGAACGAAAUCAAGCAUCAAAAUCGUCUGCUCUUAUCCACUCGGAACAAUUCAACUAUCAAAAUUCACGUUAUCUUCCUCCGUCUAGUCAACAUUACCAUCAUCAACAACAUCAAGCUCAUUACCUACAACCACCCCAAACUCCAAUAUCCACAGACACUCCGCCUCUUUUGUCACGUUCGAAUAUUCCAUCACCUUUAAGUUUACAUGCUGAAAAAAGAAGCAUUCCUUUUAACAAUCAACGACAUAACCCCAAUUUACAUUUACAACAUCAACCAUUAACUCCAACUUAUGAUGACGGUGACAGAAUAUGCAAUGCUGAUCCCACUAGUACCACUGGCACUAUCACUUCUACCACGUCAACAUUAAUAAAUAACCCCUUAUUCGAUGCAACUGCACGAUCGAUAGUUAAUGAGUUGGGUGGUGGUGUUGUUGAUGAAGAUGGAGAAUCUCCUACACGGAUGAGCGUGAAUUCGUUAUUGUGUAACUAG